AUGAAAAAUCUCCUUUUCAUUUUUUAUUUUGUUGCUUUAACCUACGGAUGGACAGUUGACUAUAAAUAUCAAUGCGCUUGUGAAUACUACAUUAAUAUGUUUGAUUGUGCACUUGCUUCUUAAUUUGGAUGUUAAAUUUCUAAUUCAAAGUAGUGCUAAAAUAUUUAUUGCUCUACAUUAGAUAUAAUUGAUUGCUCUUUAUAUCAUAACUAUUGCUAUAGAGAUUUUAGAGAUGCUACGCUAACUUGUAGAACAUUUUCAACAUGUAGUUAGUUACUUGGAUCCAAUAAUGAAGAUUGCAUGCUUUUAAAUAAAAAUUGCAGAAAACUAAAGGACAAAAAAGGACCUUAUUGUGAUGAUAUAAUAUGUUAAUAAUUUUCUCCAUAAAACUGCCCAGACAAUUGCUAUUUAAACAAUUAUGUAUGCUCAGAUUUUGCAAAUUGUUUAGAAUAAAAAGAAUUUACUUGUAAUAUUCCCUUUUAAUGCUAUCAUGAUGGAAUGAAAUGCUUAUGGCAUAAAUGUUCGCAUUAUUAAAAUGAAUCAGAAUGCAUAUAUGUUAUUACCUAGGAAAGAAGAAUUCAACCAUGUUUUUGGGAUGAAAAAAGCAACAGUUGCACCGAAGCUACAGACCCUGAAGUUUUUGAUUACAAGACUUGCGCUUAACAUACUUUUGGUACUUAUCAUUGGUCAUCAGAAAAAUACGACUCUGGAAGUUGCAUACCAUGUUAUGAAAUGUUAUUAUCUGUAUUUAUUGCCGUAUUUCUCUUCUUGGUUUGA